UUUUUGACAGUGUUUCACAGAGAAUUUGUGCUCCUUACCUCUCAAAUAUAUUAAGUGUAUAAUCUAUGUCCUUACCUCUACCUACCUUCCGAAUGUAACUAAACGUUGCAAAUCAACACAAAUACAAUUUCGAAAUAUUAUCUAUGAAAUCUACAAUGCUGUAUAAACACCUUAGGCUUUAGGAAACAGUUUUAGAUUGUAUUUUUUUUCGUAAAUGAAACAUAAAAAUAGAUGAAGAAUCAGCGCAAAUCAUCCACAGGAAUCAUGAGGAAAUAUUACCAACUUAUUCUCAUCGUCAUCUGUCUGAUCAGCGUAGUAACGUUACUCAUAUACCGCCACGAAUACUACCGGCUUCGUUAUGUAUUGGAAGUGCUUAAUUUCUUUGGAAAACCUGGACUGUCGGAGAUCGAAUUUUGCGGACCCGGUUUCAACGCUACAAUGCUAUCAGAAAUACUUAAGAACUCAUCCAUGGAGAUAAGAGAAACGCCACCCUUGUUUCAACAAAUAGAUGAAAACUUUUAUGCAUACACAUCAUUCUUGAAGUCAUAUCAAAAAUAUAACAAGUUGACCCCAUCCGAUGUACACAAUAUAGAUACGAUAGUAAUCGGUAAGGCGCAGAGUGAACCCAGUUUCCGCUGUAAUAUUUGGUUUGACAACAAUAAUAAACCCAAAGCAGGAAAAUUCAGUUAUAGAGCUAUCACAGAACCAGUUGGUGAGUUCAGAGUUUAUGUCUUCCAAUGUUCACUUAACAAGAAUUUAGGUAAACCUAAAGGAGUAAGUUUUUAUGUAAAUGAUUAUAAUAUUAAUCCCAUACAUGCACCGAUUAAUAGACUUAUUGCGGUUAAUACAAAAAGGAAAGUUAGGGAAAGUAGUAGUGUAAAGUUUGUCAAUAAUAUUGUACCAGCAAUUUGUGUUAUACCCAACCAAGUACCGAUGGUCACGAGGGACAAUUUUAUAGAAUUUUUAGUUUUCCAUCACAUGAUGGGAUUUGAUUAUUUCACUAUUUAUGAUAGUAUGAUCUCGGAGGAUAUAAUUAGGAGACUGAACUUAAUACCUUCAGAUAUAACUCAGUGGAAAAUACAAUUUUUCCCUCUGAAUUUUCCGUUUGUUUUUGCAAAAUCAUAUGAAGUAGUACGAAGUGCUAUAGAAUUAGAUUGCUUGUUCAGACACUUUAGACUAGACAAAGAAGAUUUAGAGAAAGUUAGCCAUGUCGUAACUUUAUCUUGGGACGAGUUUUUGGUUCCUAGAGUUUAUAGUAAUGUGAAGGCAAUUAUUGACGACCUAGACCCAACCAGAAAAGUACACAGUUUUGAAGUUAAACCAUUACUGUUCUGUCUGAAUCAAAAUGACGAUGAUAACACAAAUAUUGCCUAUCCAGAUAUAAUGAAGAAAACACACUACUAUAUAAUUCCAAAUCAACAGAUAAAAUCUCUGCAUAUGCGAAAUUUGGAUGCGAUGAAAACGUUUGAUGAUAUUUUAAAUUUGAAUUCUAGUAGAAUAAUACCGUUGGAGACAUUAGGUGCCCAUAAGUAUACUGAAUGUAGGGAUCCUAAAACGUACCAACCUGAAUCCUACAAUGAGGAACAGAUGCAAGGCUUUAAACACAGAAUGGAGGGAGCUAUGCUUAGUUUUGCUGAAAGUUUAAAUAGUAACAAGAUGUACAGACUGUAUAGAGCUGGACAAAUAUGGGAAAAGACACCCAGUGACGAAAAAGAUUUGUAAUUUGAUGUUGAAAUUAAUGAAUGGGUGAUUAAAAGAAAGGAAAAUCAAGUAUAUGUCAUGUCAUGUUAAUUUGAACAUCGUUAAUUUAAGAGCUUAUUUCUCAACGUCUAAUUACGACAUUAUUGUAAUAUUACAUAGUAUUAAGGCAAUGAUGUGCAAUUUAGGUUUUUUUUUAUAUCUGUAAAGUAUAGAAGGUUGGUGUAAAACAAAGUGAGAUUGAGUUAAUUGAAAUUAAAGUGUUGAAAAGAAAGUAUUGUACACUUAUGGUAAAUAGUGAGAUGACAUAAUUUAUUCAUUGAAUACUAAUUUGCUUUAAAUUUUGGACUGUAAAAAAAUGAAAUUUUAAUGAGGUUUCCUCAAAAUUUGUGGUAAACAAAAUGUUUGACUCAAGAUGUGGGAUGGAGUAUUUAAAUAAAAACGGUUAGUAAUUCGGACAAUCAAGAAUUAAAUUUUAGAUGUAUAAAGUUUGAACCUCCUAAAUAUUAAAAUUACUUUGAGUUUUGCACAUGAUAUAUUUAACUUUGUGGUAAUUUAAGUAAUUGUAAUCACAAUAACACUUAUCAUAGUUUUAGAUAACAGAUGCUUAAAUGAUAUGAUUCUAGAGGACGUACCAAUACUUUGAAUUGAGCAAUGAGCAAUUAAUAAGUGAUAAUAUAGACAAAUAAACGUUUUAUGUACAACGUUCUUAGAUAUUAGGAAUUUGGGACGAGAGCUGCAAUGAUUUGCUAUUUCUUGUGCGGUAAGACCGUUUUUGUUACACAGAGUCUGGUGGUCAUUGUGCAUUCAAUCUCCAAUGGUGCCAACCAUUGUAAUACUCUAGUAAAAGCGCCAUCUAAAAUAAUAUUUUAGUCGCAUACCAAUACUGAAGAACAAAUAGAUCAUGGCACAGAGUUCGUUUUGGCAUUUACUUAUUUGAGACAUUAAUUUUCGUGGCCGCAUACAAAUUGUAGCUACUGGCUCGAUAACAUAGACACAAAUAAACAAAACCGGGCGAGUUUACACUUUAAGUGCGAUUGUCUUUGAAAAUAGAGUACCCAUUGGGCUAUACCCUUAUAUCUGAAAAUACUGUUAGCAUGUAUGGACCCUUAUUCAUAUUUGUUUAUAGCUGUAUGCUACCAUCUAUUGUGAGGUAGGCACGGUACGAUGUUGUGAAAGCUUAUUUAAUUUUGAAAUAUUCUGCUUAGUAAUCGCAGAAAUAAUAUAACGUGUUAAAUAAUAAGUUACUUUACUAAUAUUAUUAUUAUACAUUA